AUGAACAAUCUCACUGUCUUCUCCGAGUUCAUCCUCCUUGGGCUAUCUGCUGACCCCCAUGCUCAGGCUCUGCUCUUCGUGCUCUUCCUGGUGAUUUACCUCCUGACCUUGAUGGGGAACCUGGUGAUGAUCGUGGUGAUCAGAACUGAUCCUCACCUCCACACCCCCAUGUAUUUCUUCCUCAGACAUCUGUCCUUCAUGGACAUCUGCUUUUCUUCAGUCACCAUGCCAAAAAUGCUACAGAAGAAGAAAAAUAUCUCACUGUGGGGCUGCAUUACCCAGAGCUCCUUUUUCAUGCUUUUUGGGGAGACUGAGAAUUGCUUGCUCUCUGCCAUGGCCUACGACCGCUAUGCUGCCAUCUGCCACCCUCUAUUGUAUUCCAUGAUCAUGAACAGGCCUCUCUGCAUUACAAUGGUCAGUGUAGCAUGGGUGAUGGGGUUUCUGUACCCACUAGUGAAUAAUCUUUUCAUCCACAAGUUACAUUUUUGUGGGUCCAACACCAUCCCCCACUUCAGCUGUGAGCUACCUUCCCUGCUCCCGCUGUCCUGCACUGAUCCCACUGCCAAUGAGUUGCUUCUGUCUGGGUCAACUGCAUUUCUGGGGCUUCUGUCAGUUCCACUGAUCCUCUUCUCUUACUGCAGAAUCAUCUCUGUCAUCCUAAGCAUUCACUCCUCUGGAGGCCAAGGCAAAGCCUUCUCCACCUGUUCCUCCCACCUCACCGCGGUGCCCUUGUUCCACGGGACAGGUCUAUUCAGGUACAUCAGCCCUCCCUCAGACUCAUUUUUGAUGCAAGUGGUCUCCAUUCAGUACAGUGUGCUCACAUCUUUGCUGAACCCCAUCAUCUACAGCCUCAAGAACCAGAAGGUGAAGGCAGCUCUACAGAAGAUGAUUUUAGGUAAGGCAGAGUUAAACUCUAAAUUUCUUCCACAGUAG